AUGUCUUUUAGAAAAAUUGGUGAUACUGAAGAAGGUUUAAGGUCAAAAAGAAAUGAAAGGAUUGAUGAUAGAAGAAAGAAGAGAGAACAACUAAUGGAACAAAGAAGAAAGGAAGAAAGUGUGUCAACGAGUCAACAACAAAAAGCUGCAAAAGAAAAAAUUCAACAAGAGAGAAAUGAAUUUUUAAGAGAAAAGUAUAAAGAAUUAGAAGAACAAACUCAUCAGCAAAUAACCGUUUUAAGUAGUACUCCUGAUGAAAACAGGCUAUAUAAUUUGAUGGUUAUAAUUGCAUCUGAAAGUUUGAAGAAUAAAGAGUUACAUAUUGUUUUUUCUUCAAGAAUAAUACCAGAAUUGAUUAGUGGUAUAUUUUUGUAUUUAAACAAACCAUUAUUAGAUACAGUUAUAGUAAAUCAAGAGCGAUUAUUUAGUGUUUAUGGACAACUUCUAAAUAUUAUAUCUGAUAUUGAUAUUGAAACAUUAAAAAGUUUUGAGAAAUACGGAUUAAUUGAAUCAACUUUUAAAUUAUUAUAUAGAAGAGAUGAAGUGAUUAGUGUCAUAUUAGAUCUUAUUACAAAAUUAUGUACAUCUCGUUACUUUUCAGAAUUAUAUCUUGAGAAAGGAAUCUUACAAAGAUUAGUAGAAAUUCUUGCUACAACAGAAAACCAAUUAUGUAUGUGUCAACAUACAGCAGCAAUAUUUGCUACAUUAUCUAAACAGUAUUGUUUCAGUCAUAAUUAUAUAAUACAGUAUAUUCCUUUAUUCUCUAAAUUAUUUUCUAUUGAUGAUGAAUCUGUAUUGAUUGAAUGUGUUUCUGCUGCAACUUCAUUAUACAAUGAUUCAGUUUUUAUAGACGAAUUAAAACCAGUAAAAAUUGAACAAAAAAUAUUGGAAAUUCUUGAUAAAACACAAAAUGAAAGUUUAAUUGAUAUAUGUUUCCAAUGUUUAGGAAAGUAUUGUUAUUUUAAAGAUGAUGUAUUAUUACAACCACAAAUUAUUUCUGCUGUUGUAAGUAAAUUAUCUAUGACUGAUAAAACUAUAUUAAGAAGAGGUUAUUGGAUGCUUUCUAAUAUCUCAGUUAGUAAAUUUCCUGAAACUACUAAAGCAAUUAUUAAUAGUGGAGCCUUUCUUUCUACAUGCUGUACAAUAUUAGAAACAAAUGAUGUUAAAAUUAAAAGUGAGGCUUGUUGGUUAUUAGCUAAUACAAUAUUUAAAAUUAAUGACUCAAUGUAUAAUUUAAUAAAAAGUGACAUUGUUUAUGCAGCAAUUACUGCAUGUUUACCAUUUCAGGACACUAACUUUUGUUCAAUUUUAUUACAAGGAGUCACAAAGUUUAUAGUUUACGAUAAUACUCUUCCAGAACCACAAGUUGCUGACGGUUUAAUUUCUCAUCAUUUUGACGAAGGUCUUAUUCCACUUAUGUCAUCUUCUAUAACAAAUAUAUCUAAAUUAGCAAUUACCUUGAAUCAUUUAUUAGAACAUAAUUACCAACAAGAUUUAUAA